GAUCUGCAAAUUAUGGGUGAAAAAUUUGUUUCACGUGGCUACCCGAGACAAUUGGUUGAUACAACAUUGAAAUGGGCAGAAGGCUUAAAUAGAGGGCAAUUGUUAAAAGAGAUGGAUAAGGUUGUAGGAUCGAGUAGAAGUCAGCAUAAGGGUGAGAUCUACUAUGUAAGCCAAUUUGGCACAAAAAGCAGAGAAGUGAAGGACAUAAUACUCAAACAUUGGGAUGUUGUGCACACUGACGAGCAAUUAAAGGGAAAGCUAUGUAGAAGGCCUAAAUUCAGCUAUUCACGUGCUAUGAAUUUAAAAGAACAACUUAGUCCGUCUGACCCUAGGGACAAGUGGGCUCACGAGUCGCUCCCGCAUAUGCUAACGCAUAUAUGUGGGAGUAUGAAACCCAACACAUUUUUACAAAUGAUAAAUUUCGAAGAUAUGGCGCCUUUUAUAGGCGCUAUAUCGACGAUAUCUUCUUUAUGUGGUUGGGGCCCAUUGGUGAGUUAGUGGAGUUCGUUGAUAAUUUGAACCAAUUGGAGAGUCCGGUUAAACUCAAGAUGAGCUACAGUAAAGAAAAGGAAAAUUUCUUGGAUGUGACUGUGUAUAAAAAUGAAGGCAAAUUUCAAACCUGUAUUUAUACGAAACCUACGGAUAGAAACACCAUCUUGCACUACAACAGCCAUCACCCCAGACAUCUUCUAAACUCAAUGCCCAAAUCACAAAUGUUACGAGUAGCCCGAAUAGACAGCGAGAUCUCCAAGAGGAGACAGGAUCUGCAAAUUAUGGGUGAAAAAUUUGUUUCACGUGGCUACCCGAGACAAUUGGUUGAUACAACAUUGAAAUGGGCAGAAGGCUUAAAUAGAGGGCAAUUGUUAAAAGAGAUGGAUAAGGUUGUAGGAUCGAGUAGAAGUCAGCAUAAGGGUGAGAUCUACUAUGUAAGCCAAUUUGGCACAAAAAGCAGAGAAGUGAAGGACAUAAUACUCAAACAUUGGGAUGUUGUGCACACUGACGAGCAAUUAAAGGGAAAGCUAUGUAGAAGGCCUAAAUUCAGCUAUUCACGUGCUAUGAAUUUAAAAGAACAACUUAGUCCGUCUGACCCUAGGGACAAGUAUAGCAAGAAAAGUAAUAUCUCUAUGAUCCCAAUUCAGCCAGGUGUGUUCAAAUGCAAAGGGUGCGUUAUGUGUGGGACAUUGAUCCUAGGCACAGGUUUCGCACACCCACACACUGGCAAAAAGUAUAGCAUUAGACAGCGGAUGAGUUGUGAAACCACAAUGGUGGUAUAUAUUAUAAAAUGCCCCUGUGGGUUGUUGUACUGUGGAAAAACGGUGAGGCAACUAAAAGAGAGAAUUGGCAUGCACCGAUCUAGCAUUAGGGCAGCUUUGAAUCCAGAAAGGAUAGCAAGAGAGGGAAAACAAGAUAUUGCCCAACAGCCAGUUGCGAAGCAUUGGGCUGAGGCCAGACAUGAUGCCUCCUCCUUUAGGUGCAUGCCAAUAGAGCACGUUAAAGCACACCCUAGGGGUGGUGACACUGAAAAAAUGCUUCUAAAACGGGAAGCAUUUUGGAUUCAUGAAUUAAAUUGUAUGUCCCCGAAUGGCAUGAAUGGGCAAGUGAAUUUGAGUUGUUUUUUGACUUGAUCAGGUAGCAGUUUUUUCCUAGUUGUUUGUUGUAAUGCAAAUGGAAACUUUACAAAAUAACAUUAUUGCAGUUGGAAACCUUUUCAGUGGAUACAAAAAUGAUGCCUAGAUUCCGAUGUGGUAGUUACAGUAAUGUUUUUAAUUGUUACAAAUUUAUUUUUCUCUUUUUAGGAUUUAUGACUAAUGGACACUUUUGGACACUGUAACACGAACUCUAAUAGAAUGCACUGAUGACACCUUGUGGAGACACUAAGGUUUUACAGUUUUAUAUGUUGAUAAAAAAUUCACACUGACACGAAAAGAUUUAAACAGAUUUAUGACUAAUGGACACUUUUGGACACUGUAACACGAACUCUAAUAGAAUGCACUGAUGACACCUUGUGGAGACACUAAGGUUUUACAGUUUUAUAUGUUGAUAAAAAAUUCACACUGACACGAAAAGAUUUAAACAAAGAAUAUCUUCUCUUGAAGAAGCUGUCUCCCCUGGACAAAAACCUGAUGUAUCACAAUGGAGAUCUUUGUGUUGGAAGCAACUGUAUUACUGAGUUCCUGCAAGCCUGUCUUUCAGAAAGUCACCAAUUACUAGACACCUGUACAAUGAAACAUUAAACUAAACAUCUCUCAGGGCAUGCAGAUGUAAUUUGCACUUAUAUUUAUCAUAGGUACUUAGGUUUAAAAUAUAGAUGUUAUUCAAUUCACCCCCGAGCUCGGAUAGUUUUGCUGUCUUUAUGAUGUUCCUUUAUUUUCCUUCUCUUUUUCUUCCCCUACUCUCUCUUUUCUUCUACCUGCUGUUUCUGUUCUCCUUUUCCUCUCUGUAUACAUUUACGGAAUGCUGACACUGUUUGCAAUUAUUCAGAAGAGCUUUCCCUUUACUGGGAACAGGUAAACCUAGGAUGCAUAUGACUUCUUUCUCUAUUAUGGAUGCCAUGCUCCUUUAUUUUAUUUUUUCUGUAUAAUGUGAAAUAAUAUGCUGACCUGCGGUUUAUAAUGUCAUUGCAUAGAUGUUGUACAGAUGAAAAUGAAAACUCUAUGUUAAAUAAAGAGUUAUAAAAAAAAAAAAUAUAGAUGUUAUUGUGACAACAGAAAGUGUAUGCAUUGCUAACUAAUUCAGCAUGGUGAUUUCUUAGUUUAUCAAAACGUAACAACACAUCAUUUUAUUGCUAUUAUUUAAUGCAUAUUAUUUAAAUUGAAAGGCUGUGCACAUUCCCAGCAAGGUAAAGUAGAUUGAGAUCCUUAUAUAACAGAACCUAGAGAGAGAAAUAUCACAUGGGGCAACCAUGCUUCAAAUCCUGGACAAUGUAUAUUUUAAAAUGAUUGGGCCACCUUCAUUUGAAGACUAAAGACUGGGUUGACCAGCUGAGAAUCCAUUGUCCUUCUUAAUGGGUGGUUCACCUUUAAAUUUACUUUUAGUAUGAUGUAACCAAUCAUAAUUAGUGCUGUUAGCAAUUGUUCUUAAUUUUAAAAAAAAUAUUUAGCUGUUUCAUUUAGCAGCUCUCCAGCGUGAAUUUCAGCAGCUAUCUGAUUACUAGGGUACAGUUU